AUGUUCCACGACAUUCUAAUGGCCCUGGCGGGCCACCCAGGGGAGGUAAUAGUAGAAUCAUCAGGAGAAGGCGGUGGAUUCGCCGUUGCCGAUGGUUGCAAAGGGGUAUCUCAGGCCGAAUGCAGUGUCAUCAACUCGAUAGUGGCAAUCGGUUACCAAUACAGACGGUUGGAAGAUUUUGUGAGAUCAGUCAAGGAUGGUGAGCACAACUACAUGGUAUCAUUACUUUUGGGUGAUGAUGGAACGUAUCGCAAAAAGUGCAAAAGCGCCAAAGUACGUGAUUCAAGAAGCAGCAACGCCCAGGCUACAGGUGCUUCAGAAUGCCUACCAGAAUACCGUGGGAACUACCUGAGCGCAAUGUGCACCGGUAUCGAGGAGUAUCUUGGAGCGUAUAGGUCCCACCUGGUUACAGUCGAAAAGACUAUCCUGGCGGACCCGUGCCUGCCGCUUAGCACACUGUCGCUGAUCAUGGGCGAGCAGAAGGAAAUAAUAGAAGCAUUGACUUACAUUGUGCGACUAUACCGUGAAACGGUUCGACGGAAAGUUGAAAUCGGCAGACACGGAGUUCUACGCGUUGAUGAGAUCCUGUGCAUGCUGCAGUCAACGGGUGGCAGUGCAACUUUACGGAAAGUGAGGCGCACCCUUUACAACAAGUGCCUCAACCUCUUCAAAAGGCAGCUGAAAAGGUGGAUUUGUCGUGGACAGCUUUCAAACCCUUAUGACGAAUUUUUGGUAUGCCGCAGGAGAACCACCCCUGAUAUGGAUGGAUCUGGGAACUAUAGACCGCAUGGCGAUAUAAACAACGCCUUUGGUUAUGAACAUUUACAUCAGCAUGUGAGUGAUAAAUCUGCUGAAUUUGAGUGGACGUUUGUUUUCUACCUGAAUACGAGGGAGCCGUGCUGGCCUAUAUGCUCGUAUCAGGCGUGGAAAACCAUACUCUUUCUGGGAAAAGCUGUUCGCAUGCUCAUUCGCCGAUACAGCAACGAAAACCAAUUGGAAGCACAGUGUCGCCAUCUUUUCGAUGAUUGGGAUAAUGUAUGUGAUUCCGCUGCAGCAUUCGAAGAAGCCAUAGAAAAAUAUCGCAUUUGGGUUGCCCGGGCAUUCUGGAUAUGUGUUAACGAAACUGUAGAUAUCGGUGCCUUGAUUGACAGUUUCAGGCAUGUAUACUUCCUAGGUAACCACGACCUCUACGACGAUCUUUUGGAGAGAGCUUGGUUCACUAUGCAAACGCCGUGUAACCUGGCGUCAUGCACCGAUGUAACACAUAAAGUGCGUAAUAUGAUGUCGUAUAAAUUCGAUAGCGCACCAACUCAUCGCACAAACAAGCCUGUCGCAGAUUUGGUUAACACCGAUGCAGCCGGUAUAUACGGUCGUCACAAGGCGAAUCACGAGGAUGCAUUCGCCAUCACUCAAGGCGGCAGUGGUGAACAUAGCCAAGCGACUAGACCGAUCUUCGAUUUCCGGCAACGGACAUAUCACUUCAACAUGAAACGCCGACGAUUCAUCCGCUGCAGAGACGCAGCGUGGAUCGACAACGAGCUCGUAUUGAAUGUCAGCGAAAAGCGAUUGGAGGAGCCCAUGUCUAGAUCAUCUGAAGCGUCAGCUGUUUGGUUCGAAAAUCGCGUACAUGUGGCCAACGGGUUCGAAUGUGGGUUGCGGCUGGAACUAAGCCAGCUGGAAGCAGCCUACAUGUAUAGCGAGGAGAAAAUGCGCGGCAUGACCUUAGGCAGGUUCUGCACGUUUGCGCUGGUAGUACAGUGCAAGGUCGACCCCGUGCGGCUCAGUUCCACCGCGCUUGAUCAGGGAUUGCCGGCAUUGCUAAAGGACUAUUUUGCCGUUGAGUUCGUCGUGGACUAUGACAAUGUUGGGAGUGACGAUGAUUCAAUACUGGUAAAUGGUGCUGUGAAACUUGUAGGCGAGUGCGUGUCGGCAUUCGUCGGCGGGCCUAAUGUGGGCGAAACGGGAACUGGGGUGUUAUGCGUCAACAGUGGCCAACAUAAGUUUAAUUUAACGGAUGGGAGCAGGAAGGAUUUUCAAUUUAUCGCAAGGCUAAAAAUGACACAGAAACGGCUCUACGCAGAACUCCAGCACCUGGCAUCGGGUGAUAGCCUGAUCAUGGAGACCGACGUGCUGGACACGUCCCACCUGCUUCCUCACGAAUUCGGCGACGCGUAUCUGGGACUCAUGUCUUACAGCGAUAUUGUAGCCAAUGAUCCUGCAAAAUCGAGUAUAUCAAAACGGAACUGUGCGAUCCGGGUUUCUGAUUGGGACUACCUUGGGUGCAUGGCAAUGUACGACAUUGUCCCCCUCGGCGAACUGGAUAGUACUCCUACCCACGAAGCUUUCCAUAACGAGCUGCCGGGGCUACGAAUGCUAGAGUUCGAAAGUGGCAUAAACGACUGGAUUCACUCCAACAUGGCAUAUUGCUGCACAUGGCCUGUCACCAUACUUCUGGAUUUGUCAACAAUGCUCUGCUACAAUAGCGUGUUCCAGUUUAUAUUAUUGAUUCGUCGCUGCGUCUAUGGUCUCGAGAACCUGUGCCACCUCUACCCACUGAUGAGGAGAUUCGGAGUCGAUGGGAAGGCCUCCAAGUUGCCUUCCAUCUGCUGCAGAGUCACUUGUAUGCGAUGGCGUAUGUACGUGUUCAUGGUUACCCUGCAGUCCUACAUUCAACAGUGCGUCGUGGAGGGGUCUUGCAGACAGAUGCGCGCCGUCCUGGAGCACACCGAUACGUUCCACGAGAUAAAAUCGGCACAUGACCAGUACCUGUCGCACGUCGCCAUAAACUGCUUCCUUGACCAGCGUUCCGUCUUGGAGCCGCUGCUGCACUGCGCAGACGCCUCCCUGAAGUUCGCCACUCUCUUCUAUUGUGCAUUCAACGGCAGCAGCGAUGUCGACUACGGAGUUGUGGUGCCAAAACUGGGCGAAUUCAGUGCUAUUUUUGAGCACAACAUGGCACUUGUUUACGAGAGGCUCCUGUUGCUUUCAAACGACGCCAAAUACAGCGCUCUCGGUACGCCUAGUUCCGUCCGUUUGCAUGCCUCCCGCGCUGGAGCCCGAACGCCUGCGGAUCCUCUCGCGUCUCAUCAGCCAAAGGAAGGGGGCGAUCAUCACAAAUCUUAUGAUGAUGAAAGCGGUCUGCCAGGCAUUCAUGCCUCCGUACGUCGCAAUCAGGUAGCCCUUCAUACUGCCGGAAUACUUGAUGUCCACGAUGUGCUCGAGGCAGAUGAAGAAGAACGUAAUGAAGCCACUGAACGUGACCGAGAUGCAAAUGCUCGCAAAUAUACUCGUAACAGUCUCGUUGCUGAGCAAGAACGCGUGCAUCGCCAUGGAGACGAUGUUGAGGCCCAACAUCACCACAACCACGCCGUACCUGUUGAUCACCCACAUAAAAACGAGCGAAAAGACGAACGAUACUGGAAGCAUGAUACCGUUGAAGUUCUCAGCAAUGGUGUUGUUGAUGUAAAUCUGCGUGAACGAUUCCUGAGCGAAUGUCAGCGAAAUGCAGUUCAGGAUGAAGACCACACUGAGCACCAAUAUCUCGGGAUGAAUGAUGUAUCCCAAGAAAGUCUUAAAGUUCCAAGAAGAGUCGUCUGGCGCAUCCUCCUUCACCUGCAUCUCCUGGUUCUUCUCUGCCAUCGCAGGGGUCAUGUUCGAGGCUAUGUCCCGCGCGGUGUCGUUAGGGAAAAUCACCACGGAUAUAACCAACCAUGGCAGAUGCGUGAUAAGCAGCUUCACGAAAACAAACACUGGCAAGUUCGCGUCGGGCAUCAGCGACAUGAUGAGGUUCAUGAUUGGGACGUAGAAGCAACCUAUCGACAAGCAUGCAGAUAUGAUGCACAUCGCCAUGUCCUGGUACGCCGGCCAGUAACGGGCGGCCGUGUAGACGGGGAACGCCACCGCGUUAACCGUGAGACCACAGAGAAUGCACGCCACAAUCAUGAGCGAGUUGUAGUGUGGCAUGUACGCCAGCAACAUCCAUGA